AUGGAGAGUAAAAAAAGGCGUCUUCGUUUUAUUUUGCUGUUUUAUUUCAUUAAAGGCAGGAAAGCUGCUGAAGCUCAUAAGGCGAUAUGUGAAGUGUAUGGGUCCGAUUGCAUUACUGAAAACACGUGUCAGAAUUGGUUUAAAAAGUUCCGUUCUGGUGAUUUCUCUCUCAAGGACAAGCGGCGUUCCGGUCGACCUUCUGAAGUCGAUAAUCAGAAAAUCAUAGAUUUAAUUAAAUCUAAUCGCCGAAUAACUGUACGGGAGAUUGCUGAGAAGCUCAGUGUUUCAUACACAGCAAUUGAUAAUCACCUGAAAUAUCUUGGUCUCUUUAAGAGGUUUGGCGUUUGGGUUCUGGAUGAAUUGGAAGACACGUUGUGUAGUCGAAAGUGUGAGGUCUUUCUACCGACUCGUCGAAUUGUCCUGCUAAUCCACACUUACAAAGUCGAAACUCCGAGUCGAUCAAUUUGA